CACAGCUUAUCAAAUUGUUAUUACACCGCAGAUGGGAUGCGGCUCAUUUAUUUAAUUCCAUUCACCACAAAGAGCUUUUGAUUUUAUUUUUUUACGCACAAAAAAAGGAGGGAAAAGGAACCAAUGGGUGCAGUAGAAAAAAAUGGAUUGAAGUUGAGGCAAUUAAGAGUGAUUCCGAUGACUUAUUAAUGUGUAACCAAAAAGCUCCUCUGUUUGUGGGAGAGAAUCGAUCCCAUUGAUUGGUAAUAAACUUGACUGACUGGAGGGGAGGACGACAGUGGCGCAAUUAGGCGAUGGUUUGGUGCAGGCGGUUGGAGCUGUGAGAUACGUUUGGUUCAUGUGGAGCGUUUUGGGUUUGGAGUCGGUGUUUUUUUUUCCUAGCACCGAGGAUCCGGAUACAGAGAAAGAGAGAGGAGAGAAGCUGUGCGCGCAUCCGUGGGGUUUAUGCGCAAAGUGCGUAAAGCUGAGAGAAGACUAUGGAUGAAAAUCAGGAUAUUUAGGAGAGAAGGGGCGUGAAACUGCUGAGCUCCGCAAGGAAGUUGCCUGAGGCGGACAGGGACCCCGAGGAGUCUGCGGGGGAGGCUGGAGCUUCUCCCUCCGCACACUGCCGGAUCAAUUUCACGUUUCUGAGGCUCUCCUGAAGAUGUGACUAGCAGAUUACAUGCUCCACUCCCGAACUAGACUUCUACAACAUCACUGCCACAUUUCUACGCUAUUUUUCCCCCAGUUUUUUCGGACUCUCUCUUCUGGAUUAUGAUUCGCUCAUGGGGCUCGGCUAGUUCCACCCCUGGGGUCCUUCACCCCUCCUUCGUUGUCCAGUAGGACGGCCUAAAUUUCAAUCUUUUGACUUUGGAAUACCUGCCCGAGCUUCGUCUACGGUCACCUUAGGGUCUUGUUUGUCAAUGAUCAUGGAGCCACAGUGGAACCUAGCUGCCUACCACCGGUGUCCCUCCGUCAUCUUCCUCCUGGUGGCCACUUCCUACACUUGGCUCCUUCCCGUCACCUCCCCCCAGCGGAUCCCCACCGACCCCCAGGCGGCUCCGGAGUACGCUCACUCCAUCCGGCUGGACGGCGACAUCAUCCUCGGCGGAUUAUUCCCGGUGCACUCGAGGGGGGACCGCGGCACGCCAUGCGGCGAGCUGAAAAAGGAGAAGGGCAUCCAUCGCUUGGAGGCCAUGAUGUUCGCCAUCGACCUGAUUAACAAGGACCCCGAACUGCUGCCCAACAUCACGCUGGGGGCCCGGAUCUUGGAUACCUGCUCCAGGGACACGUACGCUCUGGAGCAGUCCCUCACGUUCGUGCAGGCCUUAAUCGAGAGGGACGGCUCGGACGUCCGCUGCGCUAACGGGGACCCUCCGAUCUUCACCAAGCCGGAUAAAAUCGUAGGGGUGAUCGGAGCCGCCGCCAGCUCAGUGUCCAUCAUGGUGGCCAACAUCCUGCGCCUGUUUAAGAUCCCCCAGAUCAGCUACGCCUCCACAGCCCCUGAACUCAGCGACAACACUCGUUACGACUUCUUUUCCCGCGUGGUACCACCGGACUCCUACCAGGCCCAGGCCAUGAUGGACAUCGUCACGGCGAUGGAGUGGAACUACGUGUCCACGCUCGCCUCCGAGGGCAACUACGGCGAGAGCGGCGUCGAGGCCUUCAUCCAGAUUUCCAGAGAAACUGGUGGUGUGUGCAUCGCCCAGUCUUUGAAGAUCCCAAGGGAACCCAGGCCAGGGGAGUUUGACAAGAUCAUCAGACGCCUGCUGGAGACCUCCAAUGCCAGGGCCAUCAUCAUGUUCGCUAAUGAGGACGACAUACGACGAGUUCUGGAUGCAGCUAAAAGAAACAACCAGACCGGCCACUUCCUGUGGGUGGGUUCAGACAGCUGGGGGUCCAAGAUCUCCCCUGUGAUUGGCCAGGAGAGAGUGGCCGAGGGAGCCAUUACAAUUCUUCCCAAACGAGCAUCUGUGGACGCAUUCGACCGGUACUUCCGAAGUCGCUCGCUGUCCAACAACAGAAGAAAUGUUUGGUUCGCCGAAUUCUGGGAGGAAAACUUCAACUGUAAGCUGGGGAUGCACGGUAAACGGCCCGGUAGCCUGAAAAAAUGCACAGGUUUGGAAAAAGUUGGCCGUGAUUCCAGCUAUGAACAGGAGGGGAAGGUUCAGUUUGUGAUGGAUGCCGUUUAUGCUAUGGCCCACGCUCUGCACCGGAUGCACCGCGAGCUCUGCUACGGAUACCCAGGACUCUGCCCACGGAUGGCCAACAUUGACGGCAAAGAGCUGCUGAGCCACAUUCGUGCUGUCAGCUUCAAUGGAAGUGCCGGAACGCCGGUGGUUUUCAAUGAGAAUGGAGACGCUCCGGGAAGAUACGAUAUCUUCCAGUACCAGAUCACCAACAGAUCUACUGCUGAGUACAGAGUCAUCGGCUCCUGGACCAAUAAACUACACCUCAAAGUGGAGGCCAUGCGUUGGAGGACGGGGGACCCUUCUCUCCCGGCGUCUGUAUGCAGCAUCCCAUGCCGUGCAGGCGAAAGGAAGAAAGUGGUGAAAGGUGUGCCGUGCUGCUGGCACUGCGAACGCUGCGAGGGAUACCACUAUCAGGCUUCAGAGUUCACCUGUGAGCUGUGUCCAUAUGAGAUGCGACCCGAUUCCAACCGGACCGGCUGUGUUCCCAUCCCCAUCAUCAAGCUGGAGUGGCACUCCCCCUGGGCCAUCUUCCCCGUCUUCAUCUCCAUGUUGGGCAUCAUAGCCACCUCUUUUGUCAUCGUCACGUUUGUGCGGUACAACGACACGCCCAUCGUACGGGCGUCUGGACGCGAGAUGAGCUACGUACUGCUAACGGGAAUCUUCCUAUGCUACGCCAUCACGUUCCUGAUGAUCGCGACACCAGAUGUGGGCGUUUGUUCGUUCAGGCGGAUUUUCUUAGGCUUGGGGAUGUGCUUCAGCUAUGCUGCUCUGCUCACCAAGACCAACAGGAUACAUCGCAUCUUUGAACAAGGGAAGAAGUCUGUAACAGCACCCAGGUUCAUCUCUCCUGCCUCCCAGCUCGUCAUCACCUUCUCCCUGAUCUCCGUUCAGCUGUUGGGUGUCUUCGUCUGGUUCGCCGUGGAUCCUCCCCACACCGUCGUGGACUACGGCGAGCAGCGGACCCAGGAUCCCAUGUCGGCGCGUGGAGUCCUCAAGUGCGACAUCUCGGACCUGUCCCUUAUCUGCUCCCUGGGUUACUCCAUCCUGCUGAUGGUGACAUGCACGGUCUACGCCAUCAAGACGCGAGGAGUGCCGGAAACCUUCAACGAAGCCAAGCCCAUCGGAUUUACCAUGUACACCACCUGCAUCAUCUGGCUGGCGUUCAUACCCAUCUUCUUUGGCACGUCGCAGUCGGCAGAAAGGAUGUAUAUCCAAACUACCACCCUGACCAUCUCUCUCAGCCUGUCUGCCUCGGUGUCUCUGGGGAUGCUCUACAUGCCCAAGGUCUACAUCAUCCUCUUCCACCCCGAGCAGAACGUACCCAAACGGAAACGCAGCUUCAAGGCAAUUGUGACAGCAGCCACCAUGUCAGGAAAACUGACCCAGAAGGGAGGAGACCGACCAAACGGAGAGGUUAAGACCGAACUAUGUGAGAGCAUGGAGACCAACAGUGAGGCGCUGCCAUCUUGGAAUACGACGGCCGGUGACGUCACUGGAUUCGUUAGCUUAGCUUAGGUUUAGAGACAAGACAGUGAAAGUCAGACUGUGGACAGUAGAGACGGUGCAAGAUGGAGACUGAGGAACCUCAGAUCAUCAGAAGACAAAAAGGAGGCCUUGACUUUCAUAGAGUUAAAGCCAUGAAACAGACUGCUUUCACAAACUACAGUUAAAAGCGAAAGCUAAAAUGCGCUGGCUAGCGGCACUCGAGAAAGAUCGUCUGAUAGCAGUCUGACUCCAGGAUUUGGAGUGAACACUUUUUGGAGGAAGAUUUCAUUCAGAAGAAAGGUGGUGGAGUCCAACAGCGGAGCAACAGACUAAAGCCUGACGCUGUCCCAUCUGUGUUUAACCCUUUGAUGCACAGCAUGGCUCAAAAGUGACCCAUAUCCAAUGGAAAAUGGGUACCUCUUCACAAGCUAUAACAUUGAUCUACUGACCAACAUACUCUGAGAACAGCCAUACAGCGGCAUGAGUUCGCUACAGGAAAACGGUGCUAAACAACAAACAAAAAGAGCUGCAUUUACUGUCACACACAUGUAGCUGUUUGAUGAGAACGUCGUCACUGACGGCAAUAAAGUUCAACACAACGCCUCCAAAUGUCUCUGACUGAACACUCUGAACACCUUUUGUCCUCCAGGAAAAAGAUUUCCAUCACAUCUUUGCAGCAUCGGAGUUAUCAGAUGGGAGCAUAGCUAGACAAUGUAGCAGCCAAAAUGAUUGCCAUGAAUAAAAAAUGAACUGCAAUCACUUUAAACACCCGCCAUCAAAGUAUUCUAAACUCAAUCACUUCAUACCAUAGACCAGCAUCUCCAACCUUUGUUGAACCAAGCAAGACAGUUUUCUACAGACCAAUCGUUGCGCACAAAACAAAUAAUAAUCUUUUUUUGUCAUUAUUAUUUUUUUUAAAUGUCCUAAAC